AUGGGUAACGUCGAGCUACAAAAAGCUUUUUCUAAUUGCGUUUUUGAACAAAAACUUGGAAUCCCUCCUGAAAUCCUCACCAACUGCGAUUUCAUCUAAGAGUUGGGCAAGAGUCUGCAAAAACUGGACGGAUUUAAGGAGCCAAAUAUGGAGUUGGCUUUCCCUGAAACCAAUCUCUCGCUUAAUGACAAUUCUGAGGAAAACUACAAGAGACAAUACGUCAACGAGCUUAAUGAAGGACUAGUCAGUGGAUUCGUGACUGCCUCUGGCAACCUAGAGUUGCUCAAAGAACCAGCAUUCCAACAGUAUUUCACUGUCGGAGAGAGUGAUUCAUCUAAGGAGUUCAAAAGUAUGAACGAUAGCAUGCUCUUGAUUUUGUAUGCAAUUUUCUAAGAAAAACAGAAAUCUCAUUAAGAAAAGUCCGACACAAGCGACAGAAUCCAAGUCGGUCUAGAAACUAGUCUGAAGUUCAGUCUUUCACUGCUGAAAGAGGUCUCUUCUCUCAAUAAGGACAUGCUUGUAAACUCACUUGAGUACUUAUACUAGUCAGUCAGACAAGCUCAGCCAGGUUCAUUAUAUGGUGUGGACAAGGUCUCAUUUAUGAUUGAUGCCAACUUGAAUGAUGCUAGACAAUUUUUGGUUUCCAUCAUCGAGGAUAUGCAAAGUUCAGACAGAGCCGUUGAGCUUGCAUACAAGAUCAUAUUGCUAAUGGGUAUCGCAAGAUCUAACGUGGAAGAUCUACUAGUGGUUGCUACUCUCCUCGAAAAGCAAAAUGCUCAAGUUGACUUGAGAUAAGAACUCCAGUUACUUUAAGAAAAUACUGCUUCAUCAGAGUAAAUUAUUGACAAGGAUCACUUCAAUUAAUAUGUAACUGGCAAGACUGGAAGAAUAUUUAAGGUAGUCAUUGCUUCGAAAGUUGCUUUGGCCACUGAUGGAUAGUUCCUAUACUUCCAUGACACUACUCAAGGUCUUAUCAAGCUAGGAACUGGCACCUAGGACUAGAUGGUGGGCUAAGUGUUCCAUAGAGCAGAGGAUAUCAGAAAAGAUGAUCAUAUUGGAUUGGUAUGCUUGAAUGGUAAGCUACUUUGCAGGUCAAGCUCACAAGUAAACGGUAUCAUUGAGAUUAACACAGACACUCUCCAGGAGACUGCAGUUAAGCAAGAUGUUAUGGUUUACCCAGAACAAAAAGACGUUGAAAGAAAAGUCUACAAUAACACACUUAUGACUGAUGGAGUGUACCUCUAUUUGGUUGCUGAAAAAAUCUCAAAGGUCGCCUCCCAAGAAACAAAUGAUGAUCAUGAGGCUUCUGACACUGAAGAAAGCAAAGAGACCAAGAUUACUAUUGAGUAGUAUGAUGGCACCAAGCCAAACCUAGACUUCGUGAGAGAAGUUACUCUAUUCAGAAACUAAGAAGGAGAACCUAUCAAUAAGGAAGAUUUUGACUUUGAUACCUUGAACAAUGGUUAGAUUAGUAUAUUCUGCAAUGGCUCCUAUGUUAUCUUACACAAUGGAUGCCACAAAGAGUCUUUUAUCUUUAGACUUAGUGAUGGACAAAAGAUCGGUUAAACUAGCUACCCAUGCUAUAAUGAAAAGUUCAGGGCUGCUUAUGACUAUACCAACAAUAUAGUAUACACUCUUUCGACUGAAAUCGAUGAACCUGAAAUCAGAUCAUUCUCAAUCCCUAACUUCAAAAAGGCAGGAGUGAUCUAAGGCUUUGCCAAAGCGUAUAUGAGCGACAGAAUCAGCAAAUUCAAGGACUCAAUUUAUGGCGACAAUUACAACAGCCAACAAGUUGAACAAUCAUCUAGUCUUAAUCUGAUAGAAAGAAUCAUGCAGAAUGUCACCACUCCUCUUCUGAUUUAGGAGAACAGAGACAGAUCAAAGGAAUUCUAGAAGAUUGCCUUACUACCUAGAAUCUAGAGAACUUUGAUCUUGAGUCAUAUUGAAAGAGCAUGUCAAGAUUUCUAGGUUGCCCUUGAAAACUCUAACACUGCAGGUUCUGAGGAAAGACUACUAACAUACUUCAAGUUCCCUAAAGUUACAUACUUGACUAGCACUUUAUUUAAGCUUCUCUAGGUGACCCUAGACAGAAACAGUGUGAUUAUUAGUUAAAAGAAAACUCUAUAGAACCUCCACGACUAGUACAGUUUCCUAUUUAUCCUAAAGGCUUUGAAAGCCAACUUUGAUGCUAUCACUGCCUGCUCCAUUUCUAUUCAUGAUAUCCUGAAACUCAAAGAGUCCUACAAAGACUUCAUUGAUGUUUACAAGUUGACAGUUAUUAGAAUAAUUGAAAAAGGCUAUAAUGCUGAGUUUGAGGAGUGCCCAGCUGCCGAUGAAAUGAAAACUCUCUGGCAAGAAAUCUACUAGCUAUGCUAAUCUAUCCUGUCUUCUUCAAUCAACCUCAUAUAUCAAGAUAAUUCAGAUCUUAUCAGUACCCUUAACAAGACAUUAAGCGAGUUGAACAAUGAGAAGCAAGCUGAGAACUGUGUGAUCUUGCUAGGCUAUCUCUGUAGAAAAGAAGUUACAAAAGAAAUCAUUGAUCCAUCAAAGUCUAACAUUGAUGCAGUCAAGUUACUGUUUAAACUAACUUCUGAAUUUUCUAAUAAGGAAACUCUUAAGCUUCUUGAAGCUACUGAACAAAAGCCAUUCUCUAACUUAUAUGUUAAAUGUAACUCUUUCUUGAAGACAUAUGGAGAGACAGUAAUCAUUUAAUAUUCAGCCCUCUUAGACACCAUGCAAGCUAAAUAAGGUCAAUUCUAUCCAAGCAUGGAGUCUGAUAAAGCUAAACUCAAGGUGACAGAAGGCCUUAUUAUUCAACUCUUCCAAGUAUACAGAAACUGCAUCUAAGAACAGAUUGAUACUUAUGCCAGAAUUCAAGAUAACUUCUUAAAGUCAGAGGAAGAGGAAAAAAUUUAGGAAAACAGCAAGAGAUAUCUCAAGUAUGCUGAUCUUGCUAACAUCAUUCUUCUCUAUGGUUCAAGUCUUCUGAAGACUUUCUCUAUUUACACCAACUCUUUCAGCCUCAUCAAGAGCAAGGUGACUCUUAUUCAUACUCUCACAUCGUCAGUAAUGGGCGUACUUCAAUCUAUUUCAGACUAUAACAAGAUGAGAGCUGCUCACAAAAAGCGCUUCAAAGCUGGCAAGAAUAAUGAUGAUUUGCACAGUAUGCUCAGAAGCUAUAAUAGACAGGCUUGCAAGCUAAUUGGCACUAUUGCUUAUAAACUAAUAAAAGUAAAAGAAGAUGUAAAGGAGGCAGAUGUAGCUGCAGAACAAGCCAAGAAGUCUUAGAAGGAAGCUCAGUAUGAUUUGAUUAUCUAGUCUGAUCUCUUAUCUGGAGGACUUCAAGCUAAGUACCUGAAUCUAUUCUCUGUAGAUACCUAGGCCCAGAUCACUGAGUUGAUUAAUGUGAUUUAAGACAAGAGACUAAAGAGCUUCAACACCGAAAGAUCUAACAGUAGCUUCGAGACUGAAGACGAGAAACUAGUUUCAUCUACUAUCUACAAGGGCAAGAACGAUAAUGUUGAUCGUCUGAUUGCUUACCUACAACAACUCUUGGAAAGAAAGGUGCCAAUGGUUCCUUAUGCUAGACUCGGAGGAGAAGACGGCAUGAGAUUGACUAGAGCAGCAUUCGCAGUGAUGAUUAAGUUCUCACAUGACGGAGUUGAUAAACUCAUGGAAUUGGUUGAUGAAUUUGAUCUCGCUUACUCUGAAUUGGCUUCUGAUGACGACAAAGAAUUCAAGAUAAAGGACUUCAUCAAGAAGCAUAAGAACUAUGAGCAAAUCUAAAAGAGAUGGGAAAGUGCAUCUAAGAUGAGAUAAUGGGUCAAUGAAAAGAAGAAAAACCUUAUUGAAAAGAUCAAGAAGGAAGUUGAGACUUAGUACAUGAAGAACAAAGAAAAACAACCACAGCCGGUAGCCACUGAAGUCAAAGCAUCUGACACAGAGUCAAUUCAAAUUGACACUUCAACCAGUGCAACUAUUUAAAACACCGAAAGAGAUGAUAGAGGACUCACAGAAGCCGAUAAAUAGACUAUUGAAGACUAAACAGACCAGAAAUACGCAACUGAACUAAACAUAAUCUAUGAGAAGAUCAUUGAAAAGGCUGACUUCCUCACUAAACUAUGCGUACCUGAAAGCUACAUGGUUAAAGAUUAACUUUCAAACAAAGUUGGUAAUCUCCUCUUCAUCAGAGAUAUUCAGUCUAUGGAAGCUGUUGAGAGUUCAAUAGGAGGAGCUGCUGAAUUCACCUGGAGGGACAGACUCAAGCAAUGGAAGCAAAUGCAAACUUCAAAGGGAGCAAUUAAGAGUUUCACUGACAAAAAGAAGGAAAUCUUCGAGUCAUCAGUCAUGUCAAUCUUGGCUUGCCUUCAAACUCCAAUCAGCACUCAAAGAAUAAAGAAGCAAGUUGAGAAUGUGUUCCUUAGUUCUACUAAGAGAAUAGCAGGACUCAAGCUUCUUAGUCAGUUAUUCUCGCUUAAAAUCAAGAGAGAAAUUAGAGAAGAUCAAAUCAAUUGGUUCACUUCUUCUUUGAGAUAUAACAAGAAUUAGCUUACUCACUAUCUUGAUGAUCUUAAGGGAUGUGGUGACACACUUGACGAAUUAGCAAGAGAGAACUUCUUCUCUAUCAUUAAUAAUCUUAUCAAAAUUCUGAAAGAGUCUGACAGUAAUUAAGAGAUCAAUGUCAUUCUUAAUGCCUUAAAGUGGAAGUAUACAGCUAGGGAUCAUGGAUUCUUAAGAUCAAUUGAUAUAUUCAGAGUACUACAUGAAGGCAAUGGAGAAAAGUAAAAUAAGCUUAAGAAACUCUGGGGUAUGAACUAUAAGAGUCAAGUAGUCACUAAAGAAAGUGAAAAGGAUCUGGCAAGAGAUGUGCUUGAGACAUUUGAACUAUUCUAUGUCUUAACUGUAGGCAGAACAGUAAGACAAGAAAAGAACGCUCAACUUAAAAUUAAGACUUCAGGCACAAAUGUUCCAACUCUUACUAAAGCUCAAUCAUUAGUUGAUGAAAAUGUGAGUGAAUAUUUGAUUGCAUAGAGCUUUGCGGUUAUUUUCCAAGAACUUGGAAGAUAUAUCAAUAGCGUUAAGCAUUUGAAGGGUCUAGAUUGGGCACAAUUCAGUUACAUUAGAAACAAGUAACUAGAGGAUGGAGUCAGCAGUGCUUUCGAAAAGGAACUCACAACUGAACUGACUGAAGAAAUAAACUCAAAGCAGAUCCCAUUAGAUGAGGCAGCUCCAGCAGAAGGCAACUUCGAUUAAGAUCAACAAGAAAAAUGCCAAAAAGAAAAAGAGGAAGAAAACUAGACUUUGAUUGAGCAAGCUCAUGUAGCUUACCAAGAGAAAUUCCUUGAAAGAUUACUUAGACUCGUUGAUGUCUUCAUUUCAAUAGCUACAAGUGAACAAAGUCAGCAUCAAAUGGUUUAAAAGGUAGCUACACCUUAUCAAAUCGAAGCACUACUGAACAUUAUGAUUUAUGCUUCCCCCAAAAACUAAUUAACUGCUAUUAAGAUUAUUGAGAAUUUGAUCAAGAUUCAGUUGCCAGCUGAUGUAUUUGAGGACACUAUCAAGAUCAUCACUAGAGACCCAACUUCAAGAGCACACCAAAUCCUUAACUUGGGAAAUUUAAAUUCUGAUGUCAGUUCAUUAUUCAUCAGAUUCUUGCUAAAUUAUUUACUAAAAGUUAGACACAGUCUUUGGACUAGCAGUGAUUUGGAAUCUGUGGGUUCAUAUGCCGUAUCUCAAGAAUUAAUUUCAUUGUUAAGAACUAUUUAUGAUAGUGCUCCACAAGAGGAACUCCAAAGUAGUCUAAGAAACAGAAUCAGAGCGUAUCUAACUCAGCCAGUGAAAAACUGGAAAAUUGAGGAAUCAGAUAUUUUCCUUGGCAUCAUUCCAGCUGGCGGUUUCACUAGAAUUAUGGCUGGUUCCCAAGCAGUUUACAAGGAAUCCCAGAGAUGCAUCAUUCUUGGUUUCAGUGAGGAUGCUAAAGUAGGUGAAAAUUUAUUCUCAAUGGAAAAUGAUGCCCUUACCAAAUUUAAGACCUCAAUAUACUGCUCAAAUAUCGAAAAACAGAAAGUCCUCGUCUUAUUUAUUUAAGAUGGUGAAUAUGUGCCUGAAGUCAGAGCUUUGAGCAUCAGUGAGCUUGUCCCAGUAAACACAGCCAGAGUUCAAAACAAGCUAUCAAUUCUUUAUGAGAAAGAUGUGAUUUCUAACUUGAUUCAAAUCCUUGGAUACGACGUAGAUGAUUCUAGUUCCCUUGUCCUCAGACAAUCUCAGGUCCAAAUCAUUAAAGUGAUCAACCAAUUAGUUGAAUCAGAAAUGACUUUAAACAACUCCUCUGAUUUCCUCCAACUACUCAAGGAUAUUGGACUUUUGAAAUUCUUUAUCACCUCCCUUCAAAGAAACGCCAAUAAACCAGAAAUCAAGUCUGUUGGUGAGCUUAAUCUACCAAAUGAGCUAUUAGAAAUCCAACUUAGCUCCCUAAGAGUUAAAGCAUAAGAAUCUCUGAACUCACUUGUUAUUACUCCUAAAUUGACUGCUCAUGUAGGAGAAUUUACUGUUACAUUCUUCAACCCCUCAGAGAAGCUCUCAGAUGGAUCUUCUACUAAAUCAUUCCUUAGAAAUGCUUCAAUUUUAGCUUCAUUAAACCACAAUCAACUUAACCCUUAAUUCAAGCAGGAUGCUAAUGAACUUAACUCUGAAGAUGAUGUUUUAGUUCUUAAUGCUAUUCAGAGAUCAAAUGUAGUAUUGGUCAAUGACAAUUUAUCAAUUGAAAGUAUUUACUAUACACUUAGAGGAAAGACUUUAAAGUACAGAACAUAAAUCUUAGAAGGGCUUCAUCAUAAGGUUGUCAUUCAGAUAGCUCAGGCUGAUCUUGAUUAAAUCCUUAGUCAAAAUGUUAAAUAGCACACUCAUUUCGAUACCACUUCAGCCUAAUUUGAUAGUUUUGUGUCUUAGUUAAAAGAUCUAGCUGGCUUCUCAGAGGAACAAUACAAUCAUUUCAAAAACAAUACCAAGACUGAAGAUAAAGGUGUUGAAGCACUGUAAAAACUCAGAACUCUAUUAGAUAAAAAGUUCAAAGAUGAGGCAUCUUAAUCAAAUAUUAAGAAACUGCUCGUAGGAAAGAUGGCUUCUCUGCAAAGAAAACAAAAGUCAUUAAAUGAGACCUAAGAUAACUUUGAAGAUCUAGGUUAAAAGUUAUGGGAUGAGAUAUUUGCUCUAAAGCCUGUAUCUGAAUUUAUGGAUAAACUUAAGGAAAGUAACUUUGAUGAAAAUAUCAAAGAUAAUGUCUAAUAAGAGAAAUAAAAAGCUUUCUCAGCAGCAUUCAAUUCUAAAUUUGAAGACUCUGGUCUCUCUAAAAGAUAUGUAACAACUCUUAACAAGCUUUUAAGACUCAGAUCAAGAACAACUUUAAUCACUUUCAUUGAAUACUUAAACCCUCUACCCGUUUAAAUUUUGAGAGACAUUGAAGACUUGGACAAGAUGCUUCUACUUUCAUAUAAUGAAGCUCUAAAGAUCAAGAACUUGACUGGAGAUAAAACAUUCUACAAGCAAGUUAAGUCUUUAAUUCAGAGACUUAUCCAGGAGCCAGAGAUGAGAGGCUUUGUAAUUGAAUUCCUUUCAACUAAUAUCCUCAAGCCAACAGUUCUAGUAACCCAAAAACUCAUUAAUGACAAAGAAUUUUUGUCAAAGGCCACAUUUGAUAGUGAAGUAGAUGCUUAAAUGUAUCCACUACCAUCAUUCGUCUAUCUAAUUACCAAUCAAAUAAUGAAGAAGUUCCCAGAAAUCUUUGCCUAGAUCAGAGGAUAUCUCUCAAAUGCCAUAUCACUUCUCUUCAGUCUUAGUCUUGCACUAUAAGUUAAAGAGCCAAAGAGUAGCAACAUUCAAAUCAAGUUCUUUACCUUGAUCGCUAAUAUUUUGACCUUCAUCAGAUCUGGAAAGUCAGACUAUCAUGAAAUUCUAAUUGCUGACGUAGCCAAGAUUAGUAUCCUACCUCUCUUCAAGAACAAGCAUGAUUCAAUCAUCCCUAAUGCAAAGUCAAAGGAGCAAAUGAAGAUUCUAAAGGAAAUCUUCUUUGAGUGGGAGCUCAUUAAGGACAUGUACUCAAAUUAGCCUAAGAAGGAAUCAGUUACAUGCUAUAUUCCUCAUAAAUAGCAAAACAAAUGGAGAACUAAGAUUGAUUUAGUCAAGAACAAGAAUGCACUCGCAUUCUUCCAACUAUUUAAAAAUUCUAGUGGGUCACUGAAAUAAGUUGAAGAAAAGAUCGAAUAAAUAAAGAAAGUCAUCAAAAAUCAUCCCGAGCAACUUAAAGUGCCAUUUGUAAUGAAAUGGAAAUCAGUAGAUGGAGGAAGCUUCAUUAAGAUUUCAAAAGACAAUUCUGACAGUUAGACAGACGAUAAGUUCGCAGUUUAUUAUGACUUGCAAGGAAAGCAAUUGAUUGGAAACACAAUAAAUGAAACGUAUGACCUCAAAGAACUCUACAUUACUUACAAAUGCUCAUUUGCAUCAAGUUUGAUCACAUUUGGUCAGACAAAGCGUGGUAGACUGAACAUGAACAUUUCAGGCGAGUCUUGGAAAGAAAUGGAUAUUAUGCAAGAAGUAGGAGAUAAUGUUGUUUAAAUUUCAACUUCAAAGAACACCUCAAUCUUCUUAAACGAUAAAGGCAUCACUAAAUUCUUUGGUACAGUUGCAGGCAGCACCUCAUCUACGCCAUUUACUGUGAAUGACCAUUUCUCCAACGUUAAAUGCAUUACAACAGGAAAAAGAAAUUAUGCCAUCGCCUGUGCAGAUAACAAUGUCUAUUUCAAUGGAGGAGCUAAAAAUAAUCAUUACUCAACUAACAGCUAUGUUACUAACAAUUUCUACAAGGCUAAAUUUGUAGAUCCAAUUGAAGCAGGUGAUGAGAUAUCAGAUCUAAGUAGUGGAAAUCAUUUCACAAUGCUAGCAACUAAAAAAGGUCAACUCUAUGGAUCUGGAGAUUUCUAUAUGGAUCUUGUAUUCCAAAAGCCACACAAUGGAGAAGCUGGAUUUGUAAAAUUCCCUCUAGAAGCAAACUAAAAGAUCUUAAGAGUUUGGGCUUCAAGAGAAAAGUAUUCUAAAUGCUUCAUUGUAGAUAUGCAGGAAGGUGGUAAGAGAUGUCUUGCUGGUUUCGGCUCUCAUCUUUCUGGACUGUUAGGCAUAAAAGAAGAGAUGAAGACUCUAACUCCAUUAGAAUAUGACCAUGAGAAUAUUAAAUUUGUCAAAGUCAGUUUACAUACCAAUCACGCCUUUGCUAUCACAGAUAAGGGUGAACUCUAUGGUUGGGGAUCAAACCUUGGUUAGAGAUUAGGCUUAGAUGAGAACACACCAUUAAUCUAUAAACCAACAGUUAUUCCAUUCUUUAGUGAUCUGACUAGGUUUAAGGUAUUAGAUGUGGCUGCAGGUGAUGAUCACUCAUUCGUGCAUGUAGAAGAAAUAGACCCACUUACAGGUGUCAAAGAACUUAGACUUUAUCAAGUAGGUUAUAACCCUGAUGAAUCUGGUUCAACUCACAGAGGAGUAAAAGUCGAAGAGCUUUAGUUAGCUCCAUACCGUAUAAUAAGAAUUAAUCGUUUCGACGGCUUGAAGAUUUAGGCAAUGGCUGCUGGUCACUAAAGCUCACUUAUCUUCCCAGUCUUUGAAAACUCUAAUCCAAAUGAAACCUUAGUUCACAAGUUCGUCUCUAAUGAAAUUCUGCCAACAGUGUUUAAAAGAGGAUACUUGCAUCUAUACGUUGACAAAUCAUCAAUUCAGGACAAUUUACCUUUACUUGCAGAUGAAGAAUAAUCUUCAAAGGACAAGAUUGAUGAACUAGAAUACUAAUCAAUUCAUAAGGCUGCACUGCUUUCACAAUAAGAAGAAGAAAAAGAUUCUUCAAGUAAAACUUAGGAGAAAGAACAAAGAGAAUAAGAGAGACUUCUCAAAUUAUAAUAAAAUGAAUAGAGAAAGAUUGCUCUUGAGGCAAGAAGAAAGGAAAUAAUUGAGCAAGAUCCCUCAAAGAACGGAUGGCAUUUCUAUCUUCAUCAAGACUUACCUGACAGAUAAGAUUCAUUCCCACCAGUUUCCCUAGCUCUCAGACACUCAGCUCCACAACUUUAUAAGAGAAUGGAAUAUCUAUAAGAAAUCUUUGAUCAGGCUAAAGAAGCAAUUGACCUCAGUGCUAAAUUCACGCCAGAGACUAAUCACAACUUAGUUUGCAGUGAGACUGGAAAGCCAAUUAUUGGGGCAUCAAGAUACUAUGCUUCAUAUGUAGAAGAAGGUGAGACAAAGCAUAUUCAUUUAUCAGAAGAAGCCUUCAAUGGACCAAACUAAUGCGACAAUUUACCCUUGGUUUACUUCAGAUUAACUCAUGCUCUUAAGGCAGAAUCAACUCUACCUGCAGUUAAUAUUCAAAAGAUUUAUGAGUAUCCAGCAACUACAAUGAAAUAUAAUUUUUCAAUCUCAUCAGAUAGACUCCAUUUCGCCAACAAGUAAACUAUUCUUGAUUUAUUCAAGGGUGUUACUGAUCAGGAUAUCUUUAAGAAGAAUAUACCAGCAAUGUUUAAGAACUUUGAUACAGGAGUUGAAAAGCAACUCGUCCAAUUCUAUCAGGAUUAAAUCGAGGCACCAUACAGUACUUUGGAUGUGGAGUUAUUUGACAAGAGAAAAGAAAUUCUUAAAUACUUUAAAGAUGGAAAGCCCGAUGAUCUCAGUGAAGAUUUGAGAAAAACUCUAGAUAAUCUAAAGAAGUAUGUGACUGAUGAGAAUUACAGCCAGAUUUAAAUGGGAAUUUUCCAAUUCUAGUUUACUAUGUCUGUUGCAAAGAAAGUUCUAAUGAGAAUUUCCGAGAGAACUCUCAAAAGUUGCUUGCCAGAUUCAUUACCAUACUUAAGAAAGUAACUCAUUGGAAACUUAGCUGGAUUCCAAAAGAGAGAAAUAUUAAAUUCAAUGAUUAGUGUUCUUCCUUGCGGAGACAGAUAUGAAGUCACUGUAAGAAGAAGAAAGGCUAUGGCUUUCGCUGAUACAGGCGCAUGUGAUCAUGAAGGAGUUCACACUAUUUUCGGUUAAAUUGUAUAAUCAUUAAAGAAAGCUGUGAAUAACAAGAACUGCUUUAGAGUUAACAGUGUUGACUCUUAAAUUCUCAAGGUCGAAUUUAAAGGAGAAGGCUCAAUUGACGCAGGUGGUCCUUACAGAGAAACAUUAACAAAUAUUUGUAACGAGCUCCAAUCUGCUGUUUUACCAGUAUUAAUUCCAACACCAAACAAUAAGAAUAACCAUGGACAGUACAGAGAAUGUUGGAUGGUAAAUCCCUCAUCAAACAGUCCAUCUCAUCUUGAACUUUUUAAGCAUUUCGGCUACUUCAUUGGAGCUGCAAUUAGAAGUGAACAAGCAUUGCCUCUUGACUUAGCACCAAUUUUCUGGAAACUAUUAAUCGAUGAAAUAGAUACUGAAACUGAUUAAGAAAAAGAACAAGAUCUUAAGGCAUUUGAUACUUACUCAUGGUAAGUUAUUGAAGACUUAAGAAACAAUGCUAAAGGAUUAUCAGAUGAUGACUUCGAAGCUGCUAUUGAGGAAUAAUUUGUUACUUUGUUGUCAAACGGUACCUAAGUUGAAUUAAUUCCAGGUGGUAGAAACACUAGAGUAACAAAGAGCAACCUCGAUGAAUACAUUAGACUUGUUGUAAAUGCUAGAAUUAAUGAAGCACAAAAGUAAAUGAAAGCCAUUAAAGAAGGUAUUAACUUUGUGAUUAACCUCAACAUCUGCAAAUUCUUGAAUUCAAAGCAAGUUGAAGCAAGAGCUACUGGAAGCAAAACACUCGAUCUUGUCAAGCUGAAAUCAAUCAGUGUCUAUGAAGGUGCAUCUUUGAGUGAUUCCCAUAUCCAGAUUUUCUGGCAGGUAAUGGAGAGUUUCAAUGAUGAGGAAAGAUCUUAAUAUUUGAAAUUCGUUUGGGGAAGAGCUAGACUUCCAUCAAGCACUGACCAGAAACAUAAGAUAGUCUCGAUGACUUUUGUAGCUAAUGCUUGCUUGCCAGUCUCCCACACUUGUUUCUUUACAUUGGACAUGCCAAGAUAUCCUACAUUCGAGAUUGCAAGAGAUAGAAUCUUGUUCGCUAUCAAGUUCUGCGGUGAUAUUGACGCAGACAGAUCUGCCUAUGAUAUUGGAUCAGACGAUUGA